AUAGACCACGAAGAAGAAGAAGAACCAGUCCCAUUCGUGUUGACGAAUUACGGAUGUGUACAGCGCUUCAGUUUUGCUUCUGGACACUAAUAUGAUCUAGGCAAGUUACUGGUAAUCAUUUACACGAUAGUUAUUUCAAGCUUUGGACAAAAUGUUUGAUUCAGGUCCUGAAUACGGGUAUGACUUUGAAGAUGACACCUAUUCAUAUCUGCCCCGCUGUCCACCAGCUGAGAUGUUUGAGCAAUGGGGUCGCAUUCCUGUUGAAACCAAAAAAGAUGCUGCAGAGCGAAUGAAAGUUUGUGCUUUCUGGCAUCCCAUUCUGCUGCAGCCAGAGUCCAGCAAUAUUGCUUUCUGGGCUGCAGAUGUAGGACUCAUCAGCCACAGGGGCAACGAUGAUCUAAGCCUAAAGCAUCUGUGCAAGAUAGAAAUUUUGGAAACGAUCCUUAAAGCCAUGGAGAAAGGAAGUUUAAAAAUCGAGCCAACAAGACAAAUCUUCCUGUUAAGCAAUGGGCUAACCUCUGAUCCAGAUCACUAUGGGGUUCUGCGUGUGGCAGUAGACUGGUUGGCAAGAAUAGAAGGAUCUGGCAUUGUCCAGCAGAUAGCGGAACUUGGCGACAGAGCUACAACCGUGGCAAUUCUACAGGUUGUCUUCACAGAGUUUGCAAAGUACAUUCAGGAAAUGGCUAGCAACACAGAAAGGACUAUGAAAGCACUGAUGGCCCGACCACAAGAAUAUCUCAUGGAGAAAUGCGAAGAAAUGAAAAGGAGAGGAAAUGAGAAGUAUCAGAAACAGGAGUAUGAAGAUGCUUUAAAGUAUUAUUCCAGAGCCAUCCGUCAUUACCCUGAAAACCACAUAAUUUAUGGGAACAGAGCCUUGUGUUAUAUCAGAUGCAAAAACUAUUUAAAAGCAGUUGUUGAUGGAAAACGUGCUACUCUAAUAAAACCACACUGGGCAAAGGGUCACUACCGCUACUGUGAAGCUUUGUUUUUACUGGGUGAGGUAAAAAUGGCUGUUAAAGCCAACCUAAUGGCGCAGAAAGAGUGUAAGAGUGACCAUGAUGGACUGAAAGACCUGGAACAGCAGCAACAAAAGUUCAUCAUUGAAACCUCAAAUCCCAAAGCUGGUCAACUGAAGAGUAAGAAUAAAAGAUCGGGCAGUGCUAACAGACCAGGCACAGUGGAGUCACAGUCUGCAAAAGCUAAUUAUAAAGCUGGUGAUGCAAGCAAAGCGCCACAGACUAAGGUCUCAGCUGUUAAACAAAGCAAACAACCCGUGAAAAGUGAACGAUCCACACAGGCAGACAGCAGCACCAAAGACUCUAAACCGUCAAAAAGUGAUUUUUCAUCAAAGAAUGGAAAAGACGAGUCUAGUACUGCGGUGAGAAAGAAAAAGAACGCAUGUUUUCAGUCCAAAGAAGAGAAAGUGGUCGAUAGUAAAGCAGUGUGUAAAGAGUUGCGAUCCAUAGUGCAGGAUGCUCACACUGCCCUGACAGACCUCCGCAGCCGGAAUGCAGUUCAAGCCUUCACCCAGGCAGUGUUUAUAGUGGAAAGCAAUACACCUGAGGAACUUGGACUUUCCACAGUGGAUGUACUGCUGUUAUCUUAUGGUCUUGUAUGUGCUUUAACAGACGUCGGCCAGCCUGAGGAGUUGGCAAAAGCACACUUCCAUCUGGAGAAGAUCAAAUCAGCUGAGGAGAGGACCUUUCAUUGUCUGGUGUACUAUGCCACUGGCAGGGUGUAUCUCAAAGAGAACAGGUUUGCAGUUGCUCUGCAGCGGUUUUUAGAUUCAUUGCAGAUGGUCAAAAACAAAAUAACUCCUGGCAAACUCACCUGGCCUUUAACAAAAGAGAUUGUCAAAGAAACAGAAUUAGACUAUUUUAAGGAAAUUUUAGAAAGCGCUAUAGAACUGUGCAAAUUUCCUCCUAUUCCCGAUGCUAUUUGCCGACUAGAGAACUGCCUGGUCCCGUUCAAAGCUGAAAUCUACUUCACUGAUCCAGAUUUUAAGGGCUUCAUUCGACUAAGUUGCUGUCACAACUGCAUUGUUGAGUAUCACAUCACCUGUUGGAAGACAUUUAAGACAUCAUCUUCGUCUGAUAAGAAUGAUAAGGAUUUUCUUCUAGAAAUGUGUUUGACUCCUGACUGUGUUGGCAAAAUCUGUAAUAUCCAAAUCUAUGGUCAAACAGGCCUCCUGAAGUGCAAGUUUGAAGCUGGCAUUGUCAGACCACAGACUGAGAAGAAGCCAAAAGUAAAUCAGAAAUGUACAAGUCUAAAGAAAUUGAAAUCAAAAGAAGAACGCAGGCAUAAGAGAAAGCAGCAUAAGUUGUCAUUUCAAGAAAAGGAGACGGUUGUCAAUCAUGAUGACAUUCUGCCAAAAAAAGAAGACACGGCAAGUCAGAUUCAGCAAAAAGCUUGGUUGUUGUACAGGGAUCGGGUUCUUCUUCAGAUCAGCCAGAACAUGGAGCUCCUGAGGGAGGAGAAGGGCCUCCAGGUGUCUGCCCUGACCACCAGUCUCAAACCCUGGCUGGAGCUGGACUUGUCACGAGGGAACCGGUUGGCUCAGAGGAUGCUGAACUGGCAGCAGGAGGCUCUGCAGACUGUUGGUCAGGUGUUCGAGCUGCUUCUAGAGAGGAAGAACCGGGUCUGGGCUCGCGUCUUCAUCCAGGAGCUCAGUAGCUGUGAGGAUGUGAACCCCAAACUGAACACCUGGGCGUGCAAGCUCAACAAUGCAGGCCUGACUGCUGCAAAAUCUUUCAUUGAGCGAUAUGCAGAGCACUUGGAGCAGCUGGACUUGAAUCUUCUGCUCAGAUUUGGUCCAGUGGAGGAUUUAAUAAUGGAGAAACUUAGUACUACGCCCGAGCUUUUAUCAAACAUCAGCUUGACUGUGACUGAAUACCUGAAACGGGCCCCGCCGCAUGACACAAGACUUUUUAUCUGGGCUUUGGAGGAGCACAGGGAUCAGUAUCCUUCCUGCCACACUAUACUCGAUGAAUAUUUUGAUAUGAUGGAUGGACAUUGUUCAGUCUUAAAAAAGUCUGAUGAAAGUGAUAACAAUUCUCUUAUGAAAACUAAGAAUCGAGGCCGAAAAAAGAAACAGAAAGAGCCAAAGGGUGUUAUUAUUUUAUCUGGGGGGAGGGGUGUAACUCCAAGAGAUGACUGGGACCAAGACUAUUUUGAAGAUGAUUCUUUAUUAUUCCUAGAUCCUGCUGAACCUUUCAGUGUGCCGAGCCACCUUCGAGAUCAAGUGGCUGAUUUUGAGCGCCAGUACAACGGCGCCAGAAGCAGAAGUCAGUGUAAUAACAUUUUGGACAACAACCCCGACCCAACAAAAGAGACUUUGUAUGACUACUUUGCCCAAAUCUUGGAAGAGCAUGGCCCUCUGGUUGCUGAGGACCCUCUGUUGGUGGGUGAAUUGGAACAUUUUCCUUCGGUGGCCCAGUUGAACAUCCAGGAGGCAGGCGGCAUUGAGGCCUUCCUCCUGAAUUCCCUUCGAUUCAUAAAGAUGGGGAGGUGUAUUGGUCUGGCUAAGCAUGCUGUGUCACUGCAGCAGGCUGGACAUGGAAGCCUUCUCGAUGAGCUGGAUGAUCUAGAGGAUCCUGACACAAACCCUGAAUUUACUAAAGCUGCUUAUUCAAACUGUCUGGACAAUUAUUUAUCUGCAGAGGCUGAAGUGUAUCUCCCAAAUCCUCAUCUAUAUGCGUAUGAGUCUGGGCCCAAUCUUUACUCUCACUGGAGCAAUGGUGACGAUCAACUGCAAGAGCCUUACUUUUCCAAUAUUGACUAUGGGAACAUUGAUUUUUCGGAUCUUAUGGAUCUUUAUACAUGUGAAGAUGGCUGGCAAAAAGACUCCUUGAUGCCUGAGGAAAACAUUUUGUUCAAACAUGCAGCAGUUCAGACAUGUCAAGAUACAAUGAGGAGUGUAGCAGUGAAUACAGAACUUUAUGAGCCUUUUGAAAUCUGCUCGGGAGACCUCAACAAAAAGGCAAAACACAACCAGGAGUUGGAGCAGCAGAUGAAGAUGAUGGCGAACGGCUGUGACGAAAUCAAUGUAAAGCAAAAAGAAGAAACUGCCAGCCUUGAGGAAGAAAUACAGAACAUCACCACCAAUAUACAAGUGACCAAUACAGAGCUGAUGCUGUUCCAGCAGAAGCUGGAAGAGGAGGUAAAGAAAGAUCAGAAGGAGAAGAAGGCCAACCAGGAAGCCCUGAAAUCCCUCAAGCUGGACACAGAAAAGUUGGUGGAGGAACAGGGAAGCCUGGUCAGAAACAUCCGAGAGAAGAAGAAACAAUAUCAAGCAAUGCUGAAUGAUUUCCUGGAGCUGGGAAAUCAGUCAGCGGCUGAGAAGAUGAGUCUGGAAGAUGAGAUCAAGCGCUGUAAGGCCUUGUUGGCCUCAGCUAAAAGGAGGUCACACACUGCUCAGUUGUCGUUGUUGGAGAGCACCCGGGAUCAGACUUUGUACGGCUUCCACACAGAGCUGGCAGAUGCCAAGGCUUUGCUGAGCAAACUCAAUGAUGUCACUAAUAGAUACACAAACCCAGACUUGGAAAAGACUAAAAGCAUCUGGAGGGCCACUGUCCAGGAAGUUGAAGAGAAAAUCUCUGUUGCUCAGACACAGUAUCAGCAGCGGAUCGACCAAGUGAAGAACGGGAUAAGACUCAGUGGGUUGAUUCCAGUCAAUAUCAAAAACCAGCCCGAACCUUCAGCAGCACCACUCUCUGUAGCAGCCAAAGAAUUUACUUCUCAGGCUUCAGGCCAGAUGCCACACAAAGCUCCAUCACCCGUGCAUCUCUCUGCAGCAGAGGCACCGGUUGCUGCAGCUCAGCCACAGCACAAACCCAAUAGGCCACUGGCGCCUGCACAUGCCACCGUGUUUGACAAAGCGAUGGAGCGCCUUGCUACCAUUUUCCCUGGCUACAAAAGAUCAGAUUUGAUGAGGUUUGUUCAGGAGUUCCGUUCUUUCUGUGGUGGAAGUCUUACCAACAUGACAGUGGAGAGUGUCGUUAGUGGAGUAACCCAGCUAAUCCUGGAUCAUCAGGACAAUAUUAAUUCCAGCAGCUCCAACGCUGCAGGAAAUGGGGAUCCUGCUCACAGCGCUACUCCUCCUUUGGUGACCCCAGCUCCAGUCUGGCAGUCAGUUGGACACCAAAGAACAACACAUUCCAGUGCACUAAACAUGGAGGAUCCCUGCAUCAUCUGCCAUGAAGACAUGACUGCAGACGACAUCUGUGUGCUUGAGUGCAGACACAGCUUCCACAACGAGGUGAGGACGAAGUUUCAACUGGUGGCUGAGCAGUGGAGGAUUUUUUAUUAGAUCUUCCUACCUUCACAGGACAUUCACACUAGCAAAACAGAAUUAACCAUAAAAACAUGAAUGUGCAUUCAGCAUCAGCUGGUUUUAAUGUGUACCACUUGUGUUCAGUGUAUCAGGUCGUGGCUCAAGGAGCAGAGCACUUGUCCCACUUGCAGAGAUCAUGCCUUGCUGCCUGAAGAUUUCCCUGUGCUGACUGGCAGGAGACGGCAAGUCCCAUAAUGCCUAGAUUUGCAUCCUCUUCUAUACUACCUAAAUGGCUUGUUUUUUUUAUUACUAAUUGUUUUAUUAAACUCUUCAAAAUAUGUCUGUA